AUGGCUACGACGACAAACGAUACCAAACCUUCAUCGCGCGAUGAGUCUUCGGACUCGAGCGGCAGCGACAGCGAAAACGAUACCCCAACAGUCGCCACUCCGACCACAGUAGAAUGGCUGGCGACCGGUCGAGAAAAGCGGUCUACCGCCGGUAAUCGCAUGAAGUCGAUGCUCGCCAACGAAGAACCCGAUUCGGACCUCGAACUGCUCUUCGCCGAAGACGACAACGACGAAGGCUUCAGCGAUGUCGACGAUGCCGGUUCCGACGUGCAGAUGGACUCGUCGUCCGACGACGAGGACGACCAGCAGCAGGGAGACGACCUCGAGGGCGAAAAGGAGCUCGAGAAGCAGGCCAGGGAGAAGAAGCUAGCGUCGCGGAAACGCAAGGCCCAGGAAGCUAUCCCGGCCAAGUUCAGAAAAAAGGUCCGCAUCGAACAGACGGUCGCACCCGCGCCGCGACCGAAAAAGAAGUCGGAACGGACGAGCUGGCUGCCCUCUGCGGCUGACAUGCCCAUCCGCGCCUCGCUCCGCCAGACGACGAUGCUCAGCAAGGAGCAGCUGCACCAACAGAUGAAGGAGCGCGAGGCGAAGCGGUUGAAACAGGUGGCCAUUAUGGAAAAGAAGGCAAAGAAGCUCGAGGCAUCCAAGAAACCGCCCAUGACGCAGGCAGAACGGUUGGCUGAGGCGGCCCUCGUGGAGAAGCGCAACGCAAAGUCGUUGAACAGAUGGGAGGUGGCCGAAAAAGCGCGAGAAGAGGAGCGGCUUGCGAAGCUCGCCGCACUCAACAACCGAACACUCAAGGGCCCUGUGGUGACGUACUGGAGCGGCAUUGGUGAGUGGGAGCAUCAUCUGAAGCACGUUGGCAGGGUCGCCGAGGAGGAGAAGCCUGUCCGGAAGAAGAGGGAGAAGAAGGAAAAGGUGGACAAGACGAAGGGUAAGGAGAAGGACCAGAAAGAUGCCAAGGAAGAGGGCUCAGCGUCGAAUGCUUCUGACCCGACGCUGCCUGCACCGACGACAGAGACGACAGCAGAGGCACAGUCGAACGCAAAGCCUGACGCUCCGACAGCUCCCCCGACGUCAAUGGAUGUCGACCAGCCUCAGCAGAACGAUGCUUCAAAGGCACCGUCGCCAUCGUUACCCGUUCCGCCCGUCACAACAGACCCUACACCGAUAGUGAAGACGGAAGAGCGCCCCCGUUCAAAACAUGGGGCCAGGGCUCGACUUUCGAGGUCCCCAAUGUUCUCGGGCGUUUAUCAGGCCGUUUGCCGUAUUGGGUACGGCGUUACAUAUGGCCUUUUUGGUGUGGGAUCGGACGGGAAUACUGUAUUUCUAUUGUGA